AUGGCUACUCCCGACAAGAGGCAGUCUACUGCCAGCGUUCGCCUCACCAGAGAAAUCACCAUCGAGAUUUCUGUGCCUGACAAGGCUCUCACGCCAACCGUGGGCGUUUAUGCUGUGCCGACCAAUGCCACCUCGGUCACCAGCAUCACCUCCAACCCCAAUUCCGACAAAACCACCACCAAUCCCUUCGACGCCGACAUUGAGGCUCUCCAUUCUCACAGCUCCAUUGACAAGCCCCUCCGGAAAAGCAUGACGCUAGAUGCCAAGAUGGAGUGCCAAGUAUGGCCUGGAAAGGACCACUGGCAGAAGCAAGCCAAGCAGACCAAGGUGAAGCGAAACAACUGCUCCUGCAUGGCCAACCUCAGCCCGCGCAACAAGAUCAUUGCCAAGAUUCUCAUCAUUGUGCUGGUGGUGGGAAUCGCCGUCAGCGUCGGCUUUGGCAUAAGCAAGCCGCUUGGUGCACCGCUCUGGGGCGACAAGAACUAA